AUGCUUCACUGCCCUGUCGACGCUAAGCCUACCCCAACCAUAGGUGCAGAUAACGGCGGCGCAUCCUCUUCGACCAGCACCAUCCCGAGCUCAUACUCUUUGACCUUGGCUCCCGAUCUCGUGCUCAUGUCAGGCCAUGAAAGCCAGGCCUGGUCUGAACCCAGCGGCUCAGGUUACAGCGAAGCCUCGGACAGCGCCAGCGAUGGCGAGGACCACGACAUGACAGACGCAGAAGACGAAGACGGCGGGGCGCCUCUGACGGCUGUCCAUGUCGACGGCGACGGAACCGCACCGCCCUUGGUAGCCAACGCCAUGGAGAGCGCUUCCCAUACCCUCUCCCCCGGCGGGCAACCGUUCGAGGACGACGCCAUGUUCCUCGAAGUUGAGCACGAGAUGCCACUUUCUGACACUGACACCUGGAACCCCACCGUCGGGUCGCCGUCAACCGCACCGACGCCGACCCUGGCCGUGGUUCCCGUCCCGAUGCCUGUUCCGCAGGUCCAUCCCCAUAUCCAGAUUCCAGCGGUAGCGCACCCAUUCGCGCAGUUACCUGCAUUUGCGCAACAGGCACUCUUGAACGGCGGGCCUCAACAUGCGCAGUUCCAGCAGCUGCUGACUGCGGUCAAUGAUGACCUGGAGGACGAGUUUGCCGAGAUGCAUCCAAUGCCCCAGAGCAACCCCAACCCCAUGUCCCUCGGGCCGGAUAAUCUGGAUCUCGUCCAAUUCUUGCGUAUGUGGGCUCGUAUGGAGCGACUGCAACAGCCUCGCCAGGCGAAGCCCCGGAUAGACCGAGUGUCCGAACUUACGAAGAAGCCGACGGCAGAUCGCAUCAGCUAUGACCAGCUGAAUGGAGAUCAGAAUGAUCUCCAAGGUAUAGACUGGGAAGACCUCGGCGUCACGCGGAAGCAAGCAAGGGAGCGUCGCCGUGCUACUUACAAUAACUAUGUGAACAAGGACGGCUCGGACAAGUGGCAUCCGGCCCUACCGGAUCGACUUGCUGUCCCUCGCGAGAAUUACUUCCGCUUUAAUAGUAUGAAUAUGCGGCGAGAUGCCUCUUUGCUGCAUUUCCAGCUACGAAACAUUCUGGGAUGCACCUCACGCACCCGCGCCUUCUUUCCCAGCCCUGGUUGUAUCAGAGAGAUCGACCCAACCACAGGCCGGACUAAGAAGGCCAUGAAAUUUGAAGCCGACAGCGAUGUAACCGUAUCUACGCUGGCUACUAGCAACGAUGUCCUCGUAGUUGGUGGCUUUAUGGGGGACUACCAUUUUCGCAAUGUCAACUCGGAAGACCGAUCAUUUACACAGGGCAAAUUAACUGACAACGUGAGCGGCAUCACGAAUCACGUCCAGAUUCAUUCAAGCCGCUUAUCCUCAACACCAAUAGCUGCUUUUGCGUCUAACGAUUUCGGAUUCAGGACCGUGGACCUGAACACGAACCAUGUUCUCUCUGAGACUAUGUUCAAGUUUGCUCUGAAUUGCUCAGCCAUAAGCGCCGACCACAGGCUACGCGUCAUGGUGGGUGAUUACACCAACGUGCUCAUCACUGACGCCGAGUCGGGGGAGACACUCCAGGAUCUGAGUGGUCAUCGAGACUUCGGCUUUGCCUGCGCAUGGGCUCCUGAUGGGUGGACAGUUGCCACGGGCUUCCAGGAUAAAAGUGUACGGAUUUGGGAUGCUCGAAAAUGGAGGAGCAGCCACACGGGUCAGGGCUGCCCCGUGGCCGUAUUACGGAUGGACAUGUCUGGCGCCAGAAGUCUUCGUUUCUCUCCUUUGGGCUCUGGAAAGAGAUUGUUGAUCGCUGCCGAGGAGGCAGACACGAUCCACGCCAUUGAUGCCCAGACUUUCGAUACUGAACAAAAGUUGGAACUCUUCGGUGAAAUUGGCGGAACGGCUUUCGCAGACGAGGGUCGCAGUUUGAUGGCCUUGGUCUGCGAUCCGGCACGGGGUGGGCUGAUCCAAUUCGAUCGAUGCGACGCUGGUGCUGAGGAUAUGUUCAACGUCACUGGUCAGAACCAAAGUUCCCAGCACUGGAACUGGUGGCGAUCGAAUGAAUACGACUGGGCCUCGAACUCCGAAAUUGUCGCACAGCCGGACUAUCUAGGCACAGUGAAUGGCCGUCGAAGAAGAGCGGCUAUCGUGGACAACCCCCACAUGUUUUAA